AUGGCAUCUAUAAUCGACGAGUCCCGACUAGGCUCACCCAACCAUGUUCUCUCUUCCGACGUACCAGCAGAAGCUCGUGAGAAGACUUGCAACAAAAAUCUUGUCGCCUCAGGUCCAGUAUUCGUCUUCCAGGACUCACCAAGCCGACCGAUAGAAUUCUUUGUUCCCGGCAAGCCAGCGCAUUGGCCGGCGCAGUUUCGAAAAGACAAACAACAGGAGACGGAUGCGAUUUUCUACAGCUCCAAUCAUUUCCACUUUGUCGACACCAAAACGCGACGGGAAACCUCGAUCCUGCAAGCCUUUCUCGUCUCGCUCACAUCGACCCAUGCCCAUCUGCUCUCCCACGUUUCCCUCAGCUUUCCCGCACUCGAGGCGGCACAGGAACGACCUGAGGUCCUAGCGCUUUAG